UUUUCAUGGCCGCCGUCGGAAGGGAGUGAAUCACACAACGGAACAGAAGUUUAUUCAGCAGUCCCAGGCGUCGCGAUCGCCACGGUUCCCGGCCUCACCCACCCAGAUUGACUCAGAGGAACCCCUCGGUAGCUAUGCUGGCAGCCGGGACUGAAGCGUAGAGGGGUUCCCGUGGAAUUCGGUAGGGAAUAUCCGUGUGCCUAGCCUUCCGUGGGGGGUGUCGUUCCCCUUUCCUGCCGCAAGCAACAUGUCAGAAGUCAAGAAGUUCUUGAAUCGUACGGCCCGGAGGAAAAAGACCUCAUUGCGAGGAGGAGCAGUGCUGUCUGCCUUGGAAUAUGGAGAGAUGUCUCCGUUGCCAACGCCAUCUCUGAAUGGCAGGCCAAAUUUAGAUCUCCCAGAUGGCACCACUGCUGACUCCUUAGGUCUCGAAAUUCGUCCGAUGAGCGUGAACCUUCCCAGAAAGCACCACACCACGCUGUCCGGCAGUAUGAACAUCUCGCGCCGGAUGUCCGGCGUGGCACUCUCCGCGAGCAGCGGAAACCUGGGGAUCAUGCGAGCGGCGAAGAGUGGGUCCAUGACCAGUAUGAACUCGGAGCUGUUAGACUCACACAUCGUGGACCAGGAGGACAUUAUAUCCCUCACACACGAUGUCAGAAGCUUUUCAGACGCCCUCGCCAGGCUCAAGAAUAUCUUCCUAGACAUAGAAAAGUGUGACACACGGAGAGUUGCGGCGCACGAGAGACUCGGGGAGGUCCUGUGCAUCUUGAAGAGCGUUCUGGGAAAAUAUCCGCCUCUGCACUCCACCGAGAUCCUCACCGCGGCAGGGACCCUCAUCAGCAAGAUUAAAGGCUAUAACUAUGAGGAGGAGCGAGAAGUGCCUUCUGACUUCUACGACGCCAUCGAUCAGCUGGCCUUGGCCUUCAGCAGCAGUGUGUCGGAGUACCUGAUGGGGGAUGUGGAGCAGACCACCACACCCACAGCCCCCCAGUCCAGCAAAACAAGGUCGCAUGAAAACCUGUCAUCAGCAGGUGCAGUUCAGGAGAACUCCCACGGCAGGCACCCCAGUCAGGAACACACACCUGAAACAGGUGCGUUACCAGCUGAGGAGAUAGACAACACCCUCCUGAGGCUGGAGUCAGGGGUGGACCUCGCCCUUCAGCGCUGCAAAGCCUGGUCCAAAUAUGCCAAGGACAUCAUCACUUAUGUGGAGAAAAAAGCCAGCCUAGAAAUGGAAUAUGCAAAAAGCAUAGCCAAGCUAGCACAGAACACAAGAGCAGUUAUUACUGAAGAUAGUUUUCUACCGUUCCAGUCAAUAUAUUGUACAGCAUUAGAUCAGGACAUAGAACAUUAUAACACAUGCCAGGCCACAUGUACCUUACUACAGGGUCACAAGUUUGUGGAGCCCCUUACCAUGAGGAGAAACGACCACGAGAGAAGAAGAAAAGAGUUGAAGGACUUGUGGCAACACGAAAGAAAGAGAUUGCAUGACUCCCUGUCUAACCUGAGAAAGGCUCGUCAGCAGUACGUGAUGAGACAGCAGGAGUAUGAGAAGGCCAAGGAGUCAGCAGCGAAGGCAGAGACAGAGACCAUGAACAGUAGCAUCAGCACCCCCAGUCUGGGCACCAAGAGCACAGGAGGAGGCACCAAACUGGACAAGAAGAGGAAGAUAGAAGAAGACUGUCUACAUAAGGCAGAGGAGGCAGAGACUACAUACAAGGCCUGCGUGGUGGAGGCCAACAACAGACAGCAGGCCUUGGAGCAGAUGAAAGCACAGGUCCUGUCAGGACUGAGAGAACUCAUCUACCAGUGCGACCAAACCAUGAAAGCUGUGACAGUAGGAUACUUCCAGAUGCAGCACACUAUGGCUGCACCUAGCCCUGUACAGUUCCAGACCCUGUGUGAGAGCUCCAAGCUGUAUGAACCAGGCACACAGUUUGGGGAGUUUGUCAAGGGCCUCCCUCCCUCCUCCUCCAACUUUAACAACAAUGUAGUCUACGAGUUUGAGCCAUACACUGGCUAUCAGAUGCAGCGGCCCAGAAGAGCGAGUAGUGUGUCUGCUGGCAGCGCUGAGUUCAGUUCCUCCAUGGAUGACAGUCCGAUAGACAAACAUGGUACAUCCCACCCCAUCAAGGCCUGGGCACACUCACCACAGGCUAUCCCCGGUAGUGACACAGACAGUGCCAGUGGCAGUAGUACCAGGUCUUUGGAUCCCUCACCGUCAGCGAGUCCCGGGGACCCGCCCAGGAAACUUCCCCGUGCUCCGUCUACAGGCACCAUGUCGUCCGGAGACGAACUCAUAGAUGAGCAGGAAAGCCCAGGGAUUGACCCCAGGUUCAUCAGUGGUAUGACCCCCGAUGCCUCCCCUGGACCCUUCCGUAACCUGGUCCUGUCCAAGGCUGCCCACACACACCAGUUCAGGAAGCUGCGUACACCCUCCAAGUGUCGGGAGUGUGACAGUUACGUCUACUUCAACGGGGCAGAGUGUGAAGAGUGCAUGCUGGCAUGCCAUAAGAAGUGUCUGGAGACCCUGGCUAUCCAGUGUGGGCACAGGAAGCUGCAGGGGAAGCUGAGCCUGUUUGGUGUAGACUUCCACCUGCACUGUAACACCAUCACACAGGUGCCCUUUGUUAUACAGAAGUGUAUCGAGGAGAUAGACAGCAGGGCCCUCAUGGUCAAGGGUAUCUACAGAGUAAAUGGAGUAAAGUCUCGUGUUGAGAGACUGUGUCAGAGUUUUGAGAACGCGGCUAACCUGGUGGACCUGUCCAACUGUCCCCCCCAUGACAUCGCCAACGUGCUGAAACUGUACAUCAGACAACUCCCCGAACCACUGCUCACCUUCAGACUCUAUCCUGAGUUUGUCAAGGCAGCCAAGGAGUACUUUCUCAGUACCAAGUCCAGUAGGGUACUGUUGACUGGAUCCACACCCAACCUUACGGAACUGGACAGGAACAAGGACAGUCAGAGUAGUUUGAGUACCCUGGUGGCCAGUGGGAAGGGUACAGGGAACAGUCUGACCAGUGCCCACAAUACCGCUGUAGCCACCAUGAGAGAACUGGUCCGGAAACUCCCCAAACCUAACUUCAACACAACAGCACUACUCAUGCACCAUCUCAAGAGGGUUGCCGAAAAUGAGGAUUUGAACAAGAUGACUGCCAGCAACUUGGGCAUCGUCUUUGGACCAACUCUUCUCAGACCAAGUGAGACCCAUGUGACACUGUCCUCGCUGGUAGACAUGCCUCACCAGACACGUGCAAUAGAGCAACUCAUCACAAAUGCAGAGGAGAUCUUCGGAGACCUGACAGACCUGGGGCUGGCUCCUCCCAAGGAGAUUCCUGCUACACCAGUCGAGGUCAUCCCAUCGGGGGAGGGGGGUGCCGGCAGGAAGGACUCCAACCCAGAGGACGAGCCCCAGGGUGAGGGGGACUCUGGGGAGACCCAGAAACAAGUCCCGGAGCAGGGGACCAAACCAAGAGUCUCCAGUGAGAAUGGAGGAGAGGACUUGCUGAGUCAGCUACACAACCAGGACAGAGUGGAGUCCCCCUCAGAACAGAUCCCACAGACGAGUGUGUCAAGCAAUCAGAGAGUCUUGAGAAAGAAAAGGGGAGUUCUUCUACCUGGCAGUAUGAAGCUUGAUGAAGAAGGCAGGAGGGAAAGUUUAGAGGACAAUUUCUCUGGCUUGGUGGAGCUUUCCAUGGGCAAAGACAAGGCCGACUCUCCCAACAGCCUGGAUGCCAAUGACCUAGAUGACCUUGACCUUGACCUGCCGGACAGCUCCAGCAGUCCUGUCCCCCCUCCCCGGCGGAAGUCCAACCUCUCCGCCGAGUCCAUCCCGGUGACUCUGUCUCCCUCCGCUAAAAAGUACGAGGUGAAGAUGAAAACCGACCAGGACUCGCAGACCGAUUUCUCCGCCGACUCCAACGAUUUCCUAACGGAGGAGCAGAAGCGCUGCUCGAUGUACAUGGCCGUGGAUAACACGGGCGGCGUGACGAGCGUCCCCAAGUCGCUGGCCCGGAGCAGCAGCGCGGGAGACUUCAAACUGACGGCGAACCUCCCGCUGAAGUCGCCCCUCCUCAGCUCCUCCGCCCUCCCCAGUAGACCCACCGUGAGCACAGGUCUCCCCAAACCCAACGCUUCAACACCUGCCGGGAAAACGGGCACGAGUUCGUCCUGGUCCGCAGGAACACCGACCGCCAAAGGACCGCAGCAGAAAUUCUCCGGUUACACGCCGACGUCGUACUCUCUACUCCACUCCGCCAGGUACAACAUACCCGAGCUGAAGAGCACCUCACCGAGUUUGUCGCGAGUUAAAAACGUCGGGCCAGUGGGCGCCAUUUCACCGGACAGUAACGGUAGUAACAGUCCAGAUGGAUCCAGUAAUGGCCCGAGAGAGCCGCGAUUUGUGUAGGAAUUUUUAUGCAAAUAGAGGAGAAGCUUUGAGCGAGCAAUAUGACACGUGUUGAUUGUUUAGGGGACCUGUAGAAAAUGGAAAAGCUAUUAUUGUGAAAGCGACUAUUUUGGGAGAACUGUACAUUGUCAUUCCACAAAUUACAAUGUCCAUGGAUAUUUCUUGUGCCUUAGACAACAAGGACUUUCAGACAAAUUUGUACUCUAGUGUUGGUAACGUAUUGUUAUGUCGAGUUACAGUAGAGGUUUCAUAUUCAUAAUGCAGAAAAGACAACAUUUCAACAAUAAUUGGAUGCUAAGACAAGACAGAUAACACUAUUUUUGUCUAAACUUUUCUACUUUUUAUGUUACAUGUACUUGCUAUAAAAAUAUCCUUUGAUAUUGAUACACCUUUGUAUUUGUAAGGAAAAAAGAUUUGGAGACCAAGUACAUUCUGCAUUUUUCAUAAAAUGCAUUGUACAACAAUGCAUCCUUUGUGGCCUAAGUAUACAGCACAAACCUAUCAUUUUAUACUGGCCUAUGUACAAAGUAAGUUUUUACCACUUUAAGUACCAUUUUGUAUAUAGAUUUAUAUAUGCACUGUAUGGAACUGUAUCAUAAAAAUUUUAAUUCUUGCAAUACCAUGUCCAGCAUAAACUCUAGAGGUUAGUUGUGGACCUGUAUGCAUUGUUUGGAAAGCUAAGGUAGCCCGUUGAGAGUGUUUUGUCCAAACUUAUAUUUUGUAAAAUUAUGACAUAGGAAAUGUUUUGAAGCAUAACUGUAGUACUGCCAAGUUCUGAAAAGCCCACCAGUGUUUGAAGGCAAUACUAGUAUUUCCCGUGCUUGUGCAAAACCACCAAGUUACUUCUCAAUCUUGAUAUGCACCUAACAUUACCACUACCUCAGUGUCUACUGUACUGAAACAUGGAGUUGCCAAGAAAAAGCUGACAACAUGUUAGGUCCCGUGUAUCCAUGCUCUAGUAUAUUUCAGUGGCCGCUAGUUUUCUUUUUUGUUGGAAAAUAAGACUAUCUGACUGGCAGAGAGAAUUCUAGACACUUUCGGGGAGAAACAUUGUUGCGGAUAGGAUGUAACUGCCUUCCACAUCUUUAUUCCAUGACAUUCGCUAUACUGUCAGUGUGUAAACCAAGUAAUCAUGGAAAGCUUAUGCUGUAUGUUGUAGAGAGAGAUACACUGUGUUUGAAACGGAAUCGCAAAAUGCUGUGUGUCCAAAGAAAGAGCUGUGAGAUUGACAUUACCUUUCAUGACCACAUUAGGUAGCAUUUAUUUACCGUUAGAUGUUUGGGUAGGAUGACAGAAAUGUUUGAAGCUGCCAUUCCAAAUGCGCAUUGUGUAAGCAAGCAUACAGGCAAUGGUUUAAGUCAGGUCAAUACAGAGAGAGAGAUGUUGUUAAGGUUUUGUUGGUUGUGAAUUUUAACAAAUACAAUGUGAUCAUUCCUGUAAGAGCUGGUAUUGUAUUGUAGGCUUCAGUAGCUUUGAUGAAAUGUUCUCUGGAAAUAGAAUGUUGGCAUAGAAACAAAAUGUCAAGAGAAAGGGUGGUAAUUAAGAGAAUUUCGUCAAGUUUUGUUUCAAGGGUAGGAAGAGACGGAGAUGGUGACUUGAUUUUAUUGGGGUCAUGUUUAUUAUUACAACUCGUAUAACUUUCAAUGAAAGUGAGGACGACUUUUGUAGAUACAUUUUUUAUUCACUCAUUUUUGUCUACCACUUUUUGUAAAGAAAACACUAAUUUAUCCUGUACAAAAAUAAAUCCAUUU